GAGACUGUAAGGGCCAGUUCAACACAGUGUCUGGUCUGUUUCCCUCACAGUGUCUGUUUCCCUCUAGGAGACUGUAAGGGCCAGUUCAACACGGUGUUUGACUGGAUCAGGAAGGAGCGUAGCCAGUACGGUGAGGUGGUGAUUCGUUUCAACACCUACUUCAUGAGGGACGGCUGGUACUGGCUCUAUGAGAACAGGACCAACCGAACCCGCUAUGGUGACCCGGUCGCACUUCAGAUGGGCUGGCACGGCAUACCCACCGACGGGGUCGACGCAUGUGUUCACGUGUGGAACAGGAACACUGAUGCUGUCUACUUCUUUAAAGGCACCCAGUACUGGAGGUAUGACGAUGACAAUGACCAGGUGUUGACAGUGGACCCUGAGGGACACCUCUACCCUAGACUCAUCUCUGAGGGGUUCCCAGGGGUGCCCAGUCCUAUAGACACAGCAUUCUAUGACAGGAGGGACUACCACAUCUACUUCUUCAAGGGCACUUAUGUGUAUGUGUUCGACGUGACGGCCAACCGCUUGGCCCCAGGCUUCCCAAGGAAGAUCACAGCUGUGUUCCCAGCAGUAGUGUCUGGGGAUCACCCGGGCGGUAACAUAGACGCCGCCUACUUCUCCUACACACACAACGCCGUCUUUCUCUUCAAGGAGACACAGUUCUGGAGGGUGGUGGGGAGGAGCAGAGAGCGCUGGAGGAGACCGUCGUUGCCACGCAACGGCCUGAUGCCACACAGGAAGGUGGAGGAACAGUGGUUUGAUAUUUGUAACGUUCACCCCUCGGCCCUGAAGGUGUCUCGUCGCUGAGAGGGGGGCUAUGAGGGUACUGUGUAACGUUCACCCCUCGGCCCUGAAGGUGUCUCGUCGCUGAGAGGGGGGCUAUGAGGGUACUGUGUAACGUUCACUCCUCGGCCCUGAAGGUGUCUCGUCGCUGAGAGGGGGGCUAUGAGGGUACUGUAUAACGUUCACUCCUCGGCCCUGAAGGUGUCUCGUCGCUGAGAGGGGGGCUAUGAGGGUACUGUGUAACGUUCACCCCUCGGCCCUGAAGGUGUCUCGUCGCUGAGAGGGGGGCUAUGAGGGUACUGUGUAACGUUCACCCCUCGGCCCUGAAGGUGUCUCGUCGCUGAGAGGGGGGCUAUGAGGGUACUGUGUAACGUUCACCCCUCGGCCCUGAAGGUGGCCCGUCGCUGAGAGGGGGGCUAUGAGGGUACUGUGUAACGUUCACCCCUCGGCCCUGAAGGUGUCUCGUCGCUGAGAGGGGGGCUAUGAGGGUACUGUGUAACGUUCACCCCUCGGCCCUGAAGGUGGCUCGUCGCUGAGAGGGGGGCUAUGACGGUACUGUGUAACGUUCACCCCUCGGCCCUGAAGGUGUCUCGUCGCUGAGAGGGGGGCUAUGAGGGUACUGUGUAACGUUCACUCCUCGGCUCUGAAGGUGGCUCGUCGCUGAGAGGGGGGCUAUGAGGGUACUGUGUAACGUUCACCCCUCGGCCCUGAAGGUGCCCCGUCGCUGAGAGGGGGGCUAUGAGGGUACUGUGUAACGUUCACCCCUCGGCUCUGAAGGUGGCCCGUCGCUGAGAGGGGGGCUAUGACGGUACUGUGGGAUUAGGGGAACCUGGACCCAGAUCGGUCUGCCCUCGUACCAACUCCAAACAUGACACUGAGUGAGGGAGCACAGGCCCUGUAGCUAUGACAACAGAGUUCCCAAAGUGACCGCUGGUUUCACAGUAAACUGACUUAUAUCCUAUUAUAUUAUAGGAUGUAUUAGUUUACAACACAUUUAAUUCAUUAUGAUAACUAUUGUUAACUAUUAUCAACCUUGUACAUGUCGACAGUAUAUAUUUAGUUGUUUCAAAAACAUUGUUGUUAUUUUAAUAGUUUACACAUAGGUCGUUGAAGACAAUAAUGCCUUUUGGAAUGUUCUUAUUUUUCUAUUUUAUAAAAGUUUUAUUUAUAUAAAAUCAGUUGUAUUAUAUGGACUGAAUUGAAUUUGACAAAAACAACUCUGAAAAGGCCGUUUUUAUUAGGCUGAGAUCAGAAACAUGUUCCCUAUUAAAAAGAUUUGUAACGACAAACAAAAUGGC